UUAUGGCCACAUUUCUCCAACUAGUUCGGGUGGACAGUCAUUCUGCAUCAUCUACGCGUUGAUCGGUAUCCCACUCUUUGGUAUUCUAAUGGCCGCCAUCUCAGAGAAACUCAAGAAGCAGGCGUCUCGUUUGGAGAAGAGAUUGGGUGAACGCUGUCUGGAACACCCAAAGAUCAAGUCGGCUGUUUAUGCUCUGACACUCCUGGCGAUCGUCUUAUUGUUCUUCAUGAUUAUUCCCGCUGCUGUCUUUUCAUCCAUUGAGAAAUGGACAUUCUCGGAAUCCUUCUACUACGCCUUUAUCACCUUGUCAACCAUCGGAUUUGGUGACUUUGUGAUAGGAACCAACCCAGAUAUUGAUUACCACGUCCUGUACAAAUGGUGCACCUACUGCUGGAUCAUCAUCGGCCUUGCUGUCCUGGCCUUGAUUAUUGCUUACAUCUCUGAGGCUCUCUCUGACACAGCUGACAAAAUCCAGCAUAGACAUGACGAACAAGUCCAGAAGAGCAAUGGGGAAGGGGCGGAGUCAGAGGGCGCGGAGGGCGGGAAGGAAGACGGGAAGAGCAGAGAGAAGCAGACUGGAUGGGCGGAGGAUGGAAAUAGCGACGAGAUGAAGGAGCUGCAAGGGAUGAGUGGAGACAAAGUGUAAAUGGUGGAGUUAGAGUUCAGUCAGGCCCUUUUAAAUGCAAAGAAUUAAAGGGAAGAUACAACAUUUGCAAACAUCAAAAAACGAAAUGAUCACAUUAUCACGAAAUACCUUACUGGAUUGUUAGGGAAUGACAGUGUAAAACAUCCUGUGCAAUCAAGGCUCCCAGUGUGCUGACAUUUUCAACAACAAAAAAAUAACAUAUUGCUCCGUUCCAUCUUAAGUCGGGUCAGGGAACUUGACUACAAGAACAUGAUUGGUUUUCUUGGUUUUUCCAGGAUCCACAAGCCCAAAACGUGCAAAAAGUCAGCUUAACAAUAUUUGCUAUAACAUACUAAUCCUCCAAAUCCAUUUAUUUCUGAAAAUUGCAGCAAAAGCUAAUGUUGUACAUUCCUUUAAAAACAACACAAUGUCAGAUUUUCAGUGUUAUAGGAAAAGGAUCAAACUCACAGGUCCUCCAUAGGUUCUUAUGCCGAAGUAGUUUCACAUAGGUCAGAAUAUUAUCAAAUGUUGUACUGCCACAUUCUCAAAUGCUGCCAUGUUCUUGUAUAUAAAUGUACAAGAUUUUAAACACGUUAAAAACACGCAUACUGGAAUUUGUAUCCUUGUGGAGACAUUCCUUUGUUCUUGUGUACUAAAGUUUUCGAGUUUGAAAGUGUAGUUUAAUGCUCUUAUUUUAACCAGAAUUAAUUUCCUUGGCUGAAACUUGGACUUAAUAUCCCUUUUCUAAAACUCUUCCAUUUGCGACAGAUCAACAUAGCUUGGAAAUUCCAAAUUUUUAGUAAAAACCAUAUACGUGAAAACCUUGUGGAGACGUAUUCAUCUAUAAAAAUUGCCCUGUGGAGACGUAUACAAUCUUUUGUUCCCUAUUGUACACACGUCUCCAGAGGGUACCGUGUAUAUGAUCGUCAGGGAAGGUUUUGUUGAACAUUUUUGUUGAGGGAAAAUGAAGCCUUAUUGAAAGAUAAUUUGGUUCAAUCAUGAGUCUCCCAAAGAAAUGCUUUCAAAAUACUUCACAUGGUGUGAAUAUGCUCACAAAGUCUAAUAAGUCUUAGAAUAGCCAAGAUUAACUUGUUGUUUUCAAGAGAGUGUUUGGUACUUUUAAGGGCUUGAUGCGAUAAUGCUGAUAAUUAAUCGCAGUCGUCUCAGUCAUGACAUUAAGUGGUGCAGCGAAAGAGUUUAAGUAAAACUGAACAAAUUAAGACAUUCCGUCUUCAUAGUCAGGUCACAGGACCAAUAAGGUUAUCAAAACAUUUACAGGGUCAAAUUCACAGGGUCAUGUUUUUAAAAACCAUUUAGUAGCUUUUUUCUAUUUUUUUUCUAAUCACACCAAUUUCAACAUUCCUUAUACAUGUAAAUUGCUAUUAAAGCUACAUGUAUACAUGUAAAUUGUAUUUCAAGAAAACUAAUUGAACAAUAAAUCCUUGUUUUUGCUAGAUUAUCUUUAGUGAAUUCCAUAGUAACUGUUAUAUUUUUCCAAUCUCAGCAUUACUCUUGUUGAACAAAGGGAUUGAAAUUAAAAACAGAACUUAGUUUCUUAUUUUCUGUAAACUACAGAGCCACUGCAAUUUCAAUGCCUUGGCAUUGGAUGACAGCGAUCCUGGCUUUGCUAGAUACUGGUUAUCAGGCAAAACAGACUGAUCUUUAGGGGAUUUACUACUAAGAAUGUAUACAUUGUUAAGCAGGUUUCAUGAAUCUGACUUGUUAAACUGUUAUGUGAUAUCCCCACCUACACAGCCUCCAGGGUAUUGCCCCCCCCCCCAUCUUGACUGUGUUGAUGGUCUACCUUACUGUAGUCAGAGGCCUAGUUUACCCCCUUCCCCUUAUUUAUCCCCACCCUUAUCCAACGCGUAAUACCGGGCUUAGGGUGGGGGCAUUUUAGAUGAGUACAGUAAUCUUGGUCUUCAGACUGCAAAAUCCUGUUUUCCUGAUGUAUUAUUCAGCAGAAUUCGAUAGUGUACUCCGUCGGAGUACUUGAUUCCUAGCAGGGUCUAGGCCCAAUUCAAGCGGGCAACUUGGCACACAAAUACUCUGUCAAAAUAUGUCAAACACAAUGUUCCCUAAUAUAACCUCAGACCAAUCUUUCAGUGUGUAGGCCUACAUUUGUAACUGUCUCAAGCUCCAACCAUUCUCACUGUGAAAUCCUCAGUCAGCCCCAGGCAUAUGCAAAGCCAGGUGUUUGGUUUUUGGCAGAUUUGGGUAUCAGGGCUGAUGGAUAGAAAAAAUUGCCAAAUUUUAAUAAGUCUCUCCAUCAUAAGAGCCAGACUUCCUGGCGAUUUCCAGAGACGUGUGACCAUUAAUCAACAAUAACCAUUCAAGCCUGUCUUUAUGUAGUCACACCGAUCUGAUCAAUACAACUAAUAUAGGUCGCAGACCGCAUCAUCGAUUUGUACAUAAGCAAGCCAUGUAACUGUUAGUGCAUGCCUGUUUCCUGGUUAUUAAACACGCUCGAUUGCAAACAUUUGUUGCAAACAUUUGAUCAGCUUUCAAGCAAACAUUAACAUUUGUUAUAGCUGAGCCAGCCUCCAAACUAUAGUAUCUUCACAGAUGGUGGAACUUAGCAUACUUUGAAGUAUGAAUGACCAAACCAGAUUCAGAUUCAGAAUUUAUCAGUUUUGUAUGUUAAAAACAGACAUGAAUUUUCCGUCCUGGUGUAAAAGCAAUAAAUUUGAUGGGGAAUCAAAAAUGUAUGUUCUACUUAAUGUGAUUUUCCCUGAGAGGGGGUCAAAUGGAAUUUUAACUUAAUUUUUUUUAUCAGGGUAUAUAAUGUAAACGUUAGUACUGGGUGUUGAACCAAACCAACAUAUUGUUAUUUCACAGUGUUAUGUUCCAUACUUUCUGAAAGCUUGUUUAGUGUUUCACAUGCCUACUUGGGUGGGACUUGAACCCACGACCUUCUAGAAACUAGUGCAGAUGCCAACCUUGUGCAAAUGUAGGUUUAGGUUAUUGACCAUUCCAAAUCAUGCGCACUUCAUAAUUGCAUCACAUGCUCUUGGGGGGGGGGUAGUAUUAUUUACUAUUUUUUCCAUAAUCCAUUUGUAUUUUCAAGAUGGAUAUAUAGAUAUUUGAGCUUGGGAAAUAAUGUUUGGAGAAAAUCUGUACAGCCUUUGUAAACAAUGAUUUUAGAGGCCUUUCAGAGUAUAUAACAAAACUUUAGUUUUAAAGAGUAGGUACUUCAUGUAUGUGAUUUUUAUAAUCACGGCCCUAAAUUUUGUAGAGUUGAUAUUUUUAUCAGUGAGUAUUUUCAUAAAUGAAAUAAAAAUGUAGUGUUUAAAAUUGAGCUUUUAUUCACAAUUUUUAAGAUGUGAUUUUUGUAAAUAUAGUACUGUACUAUUAACUCAUUUGAAAAUUGAGUAUUUCCUGGUCAUGCAUGACUUCUCAAUGCUGAUUUGUUCAAGUGAUUCCAGCAGAACAUUCCUUUGUGACCUCUGGGGCCCAGAAAAGGCUCUCCAAGAAAACAAUGUGACUCUCAUUUUCAAAAGAAAAAUCAUGACCAAUUACCCUUUACAGGCAGAUAACGGUACGUGUCUAGGCGAAGUGCAGUUUCAAUUUGUGUUUUGUUUGAACGGGGCAACAUUUAUUUGUAACCUACUAAUAGGGUCGGUAAUGUUUGUGCCAUAUUUAAAACGUACAAUGAAUGUUAUUAGGGACUGGUUUGCAGUCUUUGUCCUCUUUCUUGGUCAUAAAAAGGGAAAAAAACCACGAAGAUAAUUUAUGAUGUACAUGUAUGUUAAUAAUCCAAUACACCAGUUUCUGUUAAAGUGAUUAUAAAAGUGAUAUGAGACGAGGGUUGUAUAAUGUCUGUGGUACAUCUUUCGAUUCUUUUGAGAGUUUUUUUUUUCUCUUUUAGAAAUGGUCGAUUCAGACAGUACAGCUGCAAACCUCUCCCAAUCACUCAUCUUGGGUUUAUUCAAGACAGCUUGCCCCAAGUCUUUUAAAUGACUUUUUUCCAAUUGUAAAAGAGGGCAUUAAUUUAACUUUGGAGUAAUACAGUAUUAAAGGCUAUGAGCAAUAACAAUGGUGACUUGGAAAGAGUAUCCUUGGAAAGAGUAUCCCGACGCCACUUUGUGGGUUGUGUACAAAGUCUUUGGAGAGUCAGGUAGAUUUUCAAACUAUUUUAUAACAAAAUGGGAAAUGUUUCUCAGUCCCAGAUUCAUAUAUUUUCAACAUUUUUGCAGUGACUCACCUCCAUUGAGAUGAUAUAUGAUGAAAAAUUAGUGGCAUCAGGAUGCAGUAUUCUUUCCGUGUCCUUGGUUACUCUUUGCAUUUAUAAUGAACAAUAUAU